AUGAUGGGAAAUGUAGUCCGGGAACUGACAGGAUUGUAACAGGAACAGAUGGUGAUCGUGACACUACCCUUAAUGCACAUUAACAAUGUGACUGUUGAUUUAUCACAGCUGAUGUUGGAGUGUUUCACCUCCAGACCCAAUCCUGAAGUCUCAGCUCUUCUUGGUUCUGCCAUCAUUUCUUGCCAUCUCAAAUAAAAUGAAAACAACUGUUACUGUAACUUCCAGUUCACGAGUUCACACUUACAAAUAAGUCAGGUAAAUUAAUUGGUAAACGUAUUUGGCGUGCUGUCCGGGGAGAGGGCUCCGAGCUCGGUAAUCGGCCCGAACACAGAGUACCCCCCCCCCCCUCCUUUUAAAUUAUAUGAAGUAAUCCAGAGAGUGUGAGGAGACGGGGUGGUGGAGGGAUUCUGGAAACUGUCGAGGAUCCUUGGGUGAGUUUGACUGUGAUUAUAUACAGGCCUGAACUCAUGCUGAUUGGGUAGAUACAUUGAUUACAGAUUGUUGACAGCUGGUUGAGAUGACGUAAUGAUUAAGAUGAUGUAAUGAUUGGGUAUCUUAUUUGACUUGUUCCUCCUGAACUACGUUUAUAAAACAUCAUAAAGAGUCGACAUUCCAUCACAGGCUGCAAAAAUGUGGCGGAGCAGGUGAAUUUCUCCACUUCCCUGGGAAAGAGUUAAUGUUCAGACACCUCAGUUCACCUCCAAAGCCAGCCCUUAUGUUCACGUCACCCAAAAAGCAGAACCAGUUUUACAAUAAAUAGAUCCAUGACACGAUGCUCCAUACAUUUACAGCCAUGAAGUCCCGUCUUGAGGUUUGUGUGCUGGCUGUGAUGAUGCUGAGCAUGGGAUUGUGGGUCCGUUGCGACAUUCCCAGCUCCCUGUGCGGAGCGUACAUGGAAGGAGACGUUAACAUCGCAAUUUUUAACUCAAUACACUCAAAAGUAAUCAACCUUCAUAAGCGAACUAGACCUCAGCCAUUCGUCUGUACUGAUUUUGAUCUGGUCACAUUUCUACAAUCGCUGGGUGCCAUCUUUACAAUUGAAGAAAUCAAUAACUCCAUGUUGCUUCCGGGGAUUAAGCUGGGAUAUAAAGUCUGUGAUCCCUGUGCAUCUCCCACCAAAGCACUGCACUGUGUGGAACAUUUACUGGCAAUUAACGACUCUCUGCCGGCCCUUUCAGACUACUCAGACUUUCGUCCGCCAGUGAAAGCUCUUCUGGGAGAAAGAUACUCAGAGUUAUCCAUCGCUAUUGCCAAGCUCCUCAGCCUCUACCUGUGUCCUCAGGUCAGCACCCAAUCCUCUGCGCCAGUUCUGAGUGACAAACUGCGGUAUCCGUCUUUCAUGCGCGUGAUUCCGAGUGACAUCUACCAAGCUCAGGCGCUGGUCAAGCUCGUAUCUCAUUUCUCAUGGAACUGGGUUGGUGUCGUGUAUGGAGAUGAUGACUACGGUAGAGCGGCCUACCAAAGCUUUGUGGAAGAAUCAGCGGGAAAAAUAUGUGCUGACUUUGUGAAAGUGGUACCACACUACUUGGACCACGUUGACAUCGAAAAGUACAUCAAAGAUGCUGCCAAGACCAUAAGAGAGUCUUCUGCCAAGGUGGUGCUGCUCAUUCUGAAGCCACAGCUGGUGGAGAAGCUUUUCAAGGAGAUGAUCCAAACCAACACAAGCAGAGUCUGGAUUGCAAGUGACGUCUGGUCCUUAUACCGGCCCUUAACAAAGAUGAACGACAUAAAAAAAGUGGGUAAAAUAUUUGGCUUUUCUUUUACCAUGGGAAAUAUACCAGGGUUUGAAGACUACUUGAGAAACCUCAGGCCAACGCCAGGAGCAAGAAAUGACUACAUAGAAGAGUACAAGCAGCAGAGACUGAACUGCUCGCUGUGGCCCUCGAACUGCACCGUAGAUGACAUUCUGUAUGCAGUGGACCACAGAGAGGCCUACGGAGAGAGGGUGGCCAUAUAUGCUAUAGCGCAUGGGCUCAGGAAACUCCUGAAGUGCAACGAGACCGCCUGCUCCGGAGAGACCAACUUCCCACCCUGGAAGCUAGUGGAAAGUAUGCGCAGUGUGAAUUUCACACUCGAUGGCAAUAGAUAUUUCUUUGAUGAACACGGUGACUUUGUGGAUGGCUAUGACCUCAUUAUGUGGAAGGAAAAUGGUGAUGAACGAAUUAUUGAAGUUGUGGGAAAAUUCCUACUGAAUAAAGGAGACGUGGAGAUCUUCAGUCAAUACCAGUCUAUAAAUAACAGCCUGCCCUUGUCCAAGUGCUCAAAUUCUUGCAUGCCUGGUUAUGCGAAGAACCAGUCAAAGAUCUCCUGCUGCUACAACUGCGUUGAAUGUCCUGAAGGAAAAUAUACUGAUGGAUAUGAUCUCCCCGAAUGCCUAAAAUGUCCAGACGGAAAGUGGUCUCUUAAUGGGUCAAGUAAAUGCGAGGAAUACCUGGAGAUAUAUCUGGCUUGGAGUAAUAGUUAUCCCAUAGCUCUGUUAGUGGCUACAGCAAUAGGCUUGGCUCUGGUGUUCACCUCAUUCAUCAUUUUCAGUGUGCACAGAUACACCACAGUCAUCAAAAAAGCUGACAAUACAAUGUCUUGUUUCAUGUUACUGGGGCUGACGGUCAGCUUUGUCAGCGUAAUCAUGUUUAUUGGCAGGCCAACUGUGCAUCAUUGCAGGGCACAGCAGGCCUUGUACGGUCUCGGUUUCACCCUGUGCGUUUCAUGCAUCCUGGUUAAAGCCUACCGCACUUUCCUGGCUUUCAUGGCCUUUGAUCCAGACAAGCAGCACCAGCUUAAAAAACUCUACAAGCCUGUUAUAAAUUUGGUCCUGCUUACGGGUGCUCAAGGACUCAUCCUGUUGUUAUGGAUGACUUUGGGAAAGUCUCCUGUACCAGAUAUAAAGUGGCCUGGAAGUGACCUAGAAAAAUAUGUUGUCUGCGACGAGGGCUCCAUUAUAGGUUUUGGGGUGAUGCAUGGUUACAUAGCUCUAUUGGCCUUCAUUUGUUUCUUUCUUGCAUUCAAGGGUAGAAAAGUCCCACAUGAUUUCAAUGAGACAGGGGUCAUCAUUUUCAGCAUGUUGAUUCAUCUGUUUGUUUGGCUUUGCUUUAUUCCUAUUUAUAUUGAAAGAAACAAGACCGAACAGCGGCACAUUGUUCAGGCUUCAGCCAUCCUGGUUUCCAACUAUGGCAUAAUAUUUUGUCAUUUUGUCCCAAAGUGCUACAUAGUCCUGUGGGAACUGUCCGAGCACUCAAGGGCAUCGAUCAUGGGGAGGUUAGCUGGAGGCAUUAAAGAUGACGCUGCCUCUGACAUUAACAUAUUUCAUGGGGGCCGAAACACUCCAGACUCAGGCAUCAUCUCCCCUGGUGUAGGACCACUGGUGAUAGAGAUCAGUGCGAUUCAUAAAGAUGUUUCCAGUACUAUAAAGACUGAGGAUUUUUUUAAUAUGGAUAGAGGCAGUAUAGAUCCCACAGUGUCCCGCCAUGUCCAGCUGAGGCAAAGACACAGUACGAAAUAAAAAUAAGAGUGUUUUCUUGCAUCCUUCUAGCAAUUACUGCAACAAACAAAUCUUUCCUUGGCCAGAAAAGUUAAUCUUCUUUCUUACAUAAACUGGAUUUUCAUCUUACAUACAUUGUAAAUAACUCAAUACUGUAUGUAACCACUUAGCAACUCAUGAUCAAAGUUGCUAAAAUGGUGAUUUAAUGAUUUUUGCUGUAAGUUUUUAUACAUUUAUUUUUAAUUUAAACAUUUAAAUAUUAAUGUACUAAAUGUAAUGGUGAAGUGUGUAAUCCUAAAAAUAACGAACCAAACUGUUGUUACCUCUGGCCCAUGGCACAGAAAUCACACACCUCUUUCUGUUCUGUUCUUUUGCAUAUUGUAAAAACUGUACAUUUAAUAAACAAUAAAAAUGAUUUGAGCU